AUUGAAUUAAUUAGAAAUUUAAUUCGACCAAUAACAUUAUCAAUUCGAUUAUGUGCAAAUUUAAUUUCUGGUCAUUUAAUUUUAAUAAUUUUAGAAAUUUUUAUAACAUUUAUUCAAGCUUAUGUAUUUUCUAUAUUAAUAAUUUUAUAUUAU